AUGGAUCAACUGCGUACCGCUCUCCAACCUAUAACCCAUAACCUCCCCGCGCCUAUCAAAGAUUUGGGAGUAUCUCUCAUCGGCGAAAAAUGUUACAAAACACUCCUCCUUGAUAUCGAUCCAACACACACAGAAUGUCUCAAACUCGGUAUCUCUAAGGGUCUUGGAGUAGGAAUCAUCGCAGCCUCUUCGAUUGUCAAGAUUCCUCAACUUCUCAAACUUUUCUCUUCCAAAUCGUCCGAUGGAAUAUCCUUCCUCUCCUACCUUCUCGAAACAUCCGCCUACCUCAUUUCCCUCGCCUACAACUAUCGAUCAGAAUUUCCUUUCAGCACAUAUGGCGAGACUGCUCUUAUCAUGGUGCAGAAUGUAGUUAUUGCAGUCUUAGUUUUGAACUACAGUGGAAGAGCUAGCACCGCCGCUCUCUUCGUGGCAGGAUUGGCCGCAAGUGCCGUUACGCUGUUCAGCGGAAACAUGCUAGAUAUGCAACAAUUGGCAUACCUACAAGCUGGAGCUGGUGUUUUGGGAGUAGCAAGUAAAUUGCCGCAGAUCUUGACUGUUUGGCAAGAGGGAGGAACAGGACAAUUGAGCGCUUUCGCUGUCUUCAACUAUCUCGCUGGAUCUCUUUCCAGAAUCUUUACCACCCUCCAGGAAGUAGACGACAAGCUUAUCCUCUACGGAUUUAUCGCUGGUUUUGCACUCAACGCAAUUCUAGCUCUCCAAAUGGUAUACUACUGGAACUCGCCCAGCAAGACCAAGAGCAAGAAGAGCAAGAGCAAGAAGUCAUCAAGUGGAAAGCAAAAGGUUCCUGUUGCAGCCUCUCCUGCUGCAACUACCACUCAAUCUCAAAAGAGCACAGCCAAGAGUCCUAGCACACGUAGACGUGGUUAGAUCCGUGUCUGGAAUCAUUUGAUUUUUCAAUAUUUUACUGUUUUCGACUCCUGCAUGGUGCAGUUGCAGUCUUUAUGAUCUAUUGUGCGGAUGAGUAGAUAAUAGAAUCUAAUCUAAUUAUCCCAAUAUUGUCAUCUAAGUUUUGCACAAUUUGUGAAUUUGUCAAAGCUAAUGCUAUGUAUACCUCCGUUAGUUUUUUUCCAUGCUAAGAUUAUCUAUUGUUAC